CGUAAAUCCUGUCUUACUGAACUGGAGUUUGCUAGAGGAAAAUGAAAGCCGUGAUUUGCCGAACCGGAUCCGGAUCAGUUCCGGUCCAGACCGGAUUUAUGUCCAGUUUAUCUCGGAUCCCUGUUUCUUUAUCUGUCCAAGAUUUCUCCUCCGGUUUGCACUCCCUGGAGAGUAAUGGUGGUGUCUCGUCUCCGAGAAUAUCCCUACAUAUGGACGUGGGCUGCCGCGGAAUUCGCCGGUGCUCUUCGGAAUCUGAUGUCAUCGGAUCGGAAGUGAAAUGUUUGAACAAGCUCCAAUCAAGAUCGUUUCCGGCGAGGAUACCAGAGGAGGAGAGCGACGAUUCUGUUUUGCUGAAAGGGAUUCCAUUGUCGACUUUAGAGCAGGAGGGUCAGUGGGGAUACGUCGGAAACUGGACUGAAAGUGGGAUUUCAUCAGAGGAAUUGGGGUUUUCCGGUGGAGGGAUCAAUAAGAACAGAAAUUCUGGUGGCGGCAGUAGUGGAGGGAAAGGAGACAGCGGAGAUCGGAGCAAGAUCGGAGCUUAUUAUCAAGAAAUGCUCAAGACAAAUCCCACAGACUGUUUGCUGCUUAGAAACUACGGCAAAUACUUGCACGAGGUGGAGAGAGAUGCAGUGAAAGCAGAAGAGUAUUACGGAAGAGCAAUUUUGGCAGGUCCAAGUCCUGGAGACGGAGAAAUCUUCUCGCUAUACGGGAAGUUAAUAUGGGAGACAAAGAGAGAUAAAAACAGAGCCAAAUCCUACUUCGAUCAAUCGCUUUAUGCCUCUCCAGACGAUUGUACGGUGUUGGGAUCGUAUGCCCACUUUAUGUGGGAAGCUGACGAAGAGGGAGAAGAAGAAGAAAUGCCGAUCGCAGCAAUGGCGGAAGCUUACUAACUUCAUUUCCGGGUGAAAGCUUGAAAACUAUAUGAAGCAGAGUUAACAAAUAACAACAAUUUCAAGUGGAGAAACAGCUUUCUACAUGUACAGUGCAGUCCUUGUAUUUUAGUGAAAUCUAAUCGAGGUUCUUAAGUUUGAUUACCGUUUGUUUUAUGUUUUAGUGAAUAAAAAUGUUGAACAAAUGUUGUAACCUAUAACGAAAGAAAUAAUGACAUGCGAGAUUAUAGAUACAAAGUCACUGUUUGGUUUAUUUAAAAAAGUUCCAUGAAAAUUUUAGUUAAUGUCAACAAUAUAUUUUAAUAA